AUGGCUACCGAUCAAGCAGCCGGUACGGCUCUCAAGGUGCAGGGCAACAAGGCCUUUGCUGCGCAUGACUGGCCUACAGCUAUCGACUUUUAUAACCAGGCUAUCGAUAAAUAUGACCAGGAUCCGUCCUUCUUUUGCAACCGGGCCCAGGCCCAAUUUAAACUCGAGGCAUUCGGUUUUGCCAUCGCCGACGCUACAAAGGCAUUGGAACUCGAUUCCAACUAUGUGAAGGCCUACUGGCGCCGUGGCUUGGGCUACGCUGCCAUUCUCAACUACCAGGAUGCUUUGAAGGACUUCAAGGCUGUUGUCAAGCGGGAGCCUGCCAACCAGAGCGCGAAGCUCAAGACUGCCGAGUGUGAGAAGCUCGUUCGCCGCAUAAACUUUGAGAAAGCCAUUGAGGUUUCGGACCCACCCUCCGCUUUUGAGGAUCUGGAUAUUGGUGCUAUCAAGGUCGAGGAUGGGUACGAUGGUGUGCGUCUCGGCGAGGAGAUGACACAGGAGUUCAUUGACGACAUGAUUGAGCGAUUUAAGGACGGAAAGAAGAUCCACCGCAAGUAUGUCUUCCAGAUUAUCAAGGCUGUCAAGGAUCUUGUCUACGCUGAGCCCACGAUGGUGGAGGUUGGCGUUGAGUCUGGCAAGAAGUUGACGGUUUGCGGUGACACACACGGUCAAUACUUCGAUUUGCUUGAGAUCUUCAGACGAAACGGCGCUCCCUCUGAUACCCACGCUUAUCUCUUCAACGGUGACUUCGUAGACCGUGGCUCUUGGUCUUGCGAAAUUGCCCUCCUCCUAUAUGCAUACAAGUGGCUGCGGCCCAACGGUCUCUUCCUCAAUCGUGGAAACCACGAAACGGACGAUAUGAAUAAGGUUUACGGAUUCGAAGGCGAAUGCAAGGCCAAGUAUAACGAGCGUGUGUUCAAGGUGUUCUCCGAGUCCUUCUCGGCCCUGCCUUUGGCCACCCUGAUCGGCGAUAAGUACCUCGUCCUGCACGGCGGUCUCUUCUCCGACGACAAGAUUACCCUGAACGACAUCCGCAAGCUCAACCGCCACAACCAAAGGCAACCAGGCCAAGCCGGUCUCAUGAUGGAGAUGCUCUGGACCGACCCGCAGACAAUGCCCGGCCGUGGUCCCAGCAAGCGUGGAGUCGGCCUCCAAUUUGGACCAGAUGUCACCAAGCGCUUCUGCGAGAACAACGGUCUGGAAGCUAUUAUUCGCUCUCACGAGGUGCGCAUGGAUGGUUACGAAGUCGAGCACGAUGGCCGCUGUAUCACCGUCUUCUCCGCCCCCAAGUACUGCGACUCGACUGAAAACAAGGGUGCCUACAUUAACAUUGGCCCUGAGCUCAAGCUCGACUAUGAAGUGUUUGAGGCCGUGCCCCACCCCGAUAUCAAGCCGAUGGCAUACGCACAAAACUCGCCCCUUAUGGGAAUGUGA